AUGGGGGACGCCGCGCCCCCUCCGGAGCCCGUCGACGCGCGGUUCGAGUCCUUCCUCGACGCCGCCGCGGACGCGUCCCUCCCCGAGGACAUCCGCGCGCAGAUACGCGCCGGGCUGACGCGCCAACACGCGAACCCUCCGGUGAGACCCACGGAGGCGAUCCUUCGAUCACGCCUCACCCCGACGCGCGUCCGCGAGCUCGCGUACUACCCCGACGACGACGACGCGGAGCUGUACGCGCUGCUGAUACGCUCGCCGCCGGAUGGCGCGCCGAGCGAUCACCCCGCGGCGCGAUGCCAGGUGACCUACCUCAUGACGCUGUACCUGAGCCACUCGAAGCGAUGGGCGUUCGCGAAGCGGUUCGUCCUCGCCGGCGGCCUCGUCACGCUCGUAAACCUGCUCGAUCACGAUGACCUCAGGCUGCGCGGGCAAGCGAUGGAGACGUUCGUCGCGCUGACGCACGAGGAGCUGUACCCGUGGCACGACCCCCCGGAGCGAUCGAGCACGUCGGACGUCGCGGUGCAUCGACGGAUGCUCGAGCUGGCGGCGUCGCCGUUGAUUUCGCGCCUGUGCGAAAAUUUCAAAGCCGACGCGACGUUCCCGGGCGGCGCUCGGAUGGCGCUGCGGACGUUCGCGUUCUACGCGUCGUGGCUGCGGCUGCGACACUGCCCGCACAACGUCCUACGGCUAUCGCCGGACCUCCUCGAGCUGCUCCGCGCGUGGGAGAGCGAGGACGGCGCGGGCGAGGAAGAGAAGGCGCUGGCGAAGGCGUUGGCGGACGACUUCGGCGGCGUCGACGACGAUUCGGACGACGCGCGGAGAGACGCGGUGAAGCGCGCGAUGGAAGCGAACGGCGGGGUCGUGCCGACGUUGAACGGGCCGGUCGCGGUGAGGGCGGCGAUGGAGAGGGCGGCGGAGGCGAAGAGGGCGAAGGCGUCCGCCGCGGGGGAGGAGGAGGAGGACGACGACGAUUGCGUCGUCGUCGCGGACCGCACGGUAAAGUUGAACGCGUCGACGUCCGCGUCCGCCGCGACGACGACGACGACGACGACGCCCACCACUCACACUUCCUCCUCCUCCUCCUCCAAGAGCUUCUACGACGCGGACGCGGACGAGACGGACAGCGGCGAGGUUCAUAAAACGCGCGGAAACGAGGCGUUUUCAAACGGGCGCUACACGGAUGCGAUUCGUCACUACGGCGCCGCCGUCGACGCGCCGGUGUCGUACGGCAAACUCUUCGACGAAGCCCCUCGCCGCGCGGCGUACCACGCGAACCGCGCGGCGGCGUACCUCGCCCGCGGGGCGCUCCCCGGCGGAGGCAAGGCAGAGGUGUCGAAGGACGUCUCCGGGCAUCUGAUGGACGCCGUCGUGAAGCGCGAAGACUCCGCCGCGAAGUGGUGCGAGAUGCACGCCAAGGCGGCGCUGUUGGACUGCGACGCCGCGCUCGAGUUUCAACCCGGGCGAGCGAAGGCGAAGUAUCGCAGAGCGACCGCGCUGUGGCGGCUGGGGAGGAUCGAGGAGGCGAAGAAGAGGUGA